AUGGUAAUCUACAUUGAAGCAUGUGAAUCUGGUUCCAUGCUCGAAGGUCUCUUGCCUGCUAACAUCAACGUCUAUGGUACAACAGCCUCGAGUGCCGAAGAACCAUCAUAUGCUUGCUAUUAUGAUGCGAAACGCGGUACAUACUUGGGUGAUGUCUACUCGGUCGCUUGGAUGGAAGAUUCGGAUGCGGAACAAAUCAAUAAAGAAAGCUUGCUCACUCAAUAUCAAGUAGCCAAGAAGAAUACUAAUACUAGUCAUGUUAUGCAAUAUGGAGAUCUUAAUUUGGGAAAAAGUCACAACGUCAGUGAAUUUCAAGGUGCUGGAACACAACCAAUGAAACCAAUUCGCAAUCCUUUCACUGAUCGUUACAAUGAUUUGCUCAAACGUGAUGCAGUUGCCACUGUCGAUGUUCGUGUGUCGACUGUUGUUCAUCGUUUGGAUAACAGCGAGUCUGCGGUCGAGAAGGCAGCAUUGAAACGUGAACUGGUUCAAUUGCUCAACGACAGAAGCACGAUCUCUGAGCACAUCUAUCAGAUCGCUUCAGUGGCAUUGUCGAUCAAACAUAGUCAUUUCUAUGAAACGGUCACACAAAAACGUAUGAAACUUACUCAACACGAUUGCUACAAGUCGGUCACACAAUAUAUUCACACUAAAUGCUUCGAUUUGCAGAACGAAUAUGUUCUUAACAAACUCUGGAUCAUGGCUAAUCUAUGUGAAAUCGUAUCUGCUGUUGAAUCACUUAUUGCUAAUGAUAAAAAUAAACUACUAAAUUGA